AUGGCUGGCGAAAUGGAAGACGUGACGUUGCCAAGAGCUACUGUUCAAAAAAUUAUCUCUGAAAUAUUGGAUCCAGAAUUUAGUUUCAGUAAAGAAGCUAGAGACAUGCUGAUUAAGAGUGGGAUUGAAUUCAUUAUGAUGUUGUCUUCAAUGGCUUCGGAAAUGGCAGAAAACGAAGCUAAGAAAACAAUCGCUUCUGAACAUGUCAUACAAGCUUUACAAGAAUUGGAAUUCAACGAAUUCGUACCUUUUUUACAAAAAAUAUUGGUAGAAUUUAAAGGUUCUCAAAAAGUUAAAGAACGUAGAGAUUCAAAAUUUAAAAAUUCAGGUUUGUCAGAAGAAGAACUACUACGACAACAAGAAGAACUAUUCAGACAAUCUCGUUCAAAGUUAAACCAAAAAUAA